AUGUCCGCUAACCUCCAAAACUUUUUUCAAGACCUCCAAAAACGUGGUGUAAUUGCUAAUGUUGCUAAUUUAGAAAAUUUUUAUCAAUUAAAACCAGCGGAGAAAGUAAUUUAUUUAGGAAUAGAUUGCACGGGCGAAAAUUUACAUAUCGGACAUUUAUUUUUGUAUUUUCAAACCGUUCGUUUUGCCAAAGAAGGUUUUACAGUUUUGCUCGUUUUAGGUGGUGCCACGAGCAGAAUUGGUGAUCCUAGUGAUAAAGAUAAAGAACGACCCUUGCUAGAAGAAAAACAAAUAGAAAACUAUCAAGAAAAAAUAAAAUUACAGUUAGAAAGAGUAUUAAUUAAACCUAAAAAAAUAGGAGAAGCAAAUUUUUCUCCUUUGGAACAGUUUUACUCCGAUACCCCAGAACUAUUAAAUAAAAUUUACCGAAUACUAAAAAUCAACCAAAAUGAUAAAAAAGAGCAACAAUGA